AUGUAUAUGGAAUUGUUCUAUAAGAAUGUCCUUGGUAACAAUGACAUUAUUAUUACACUUUCAUUCAGGUAUACCAAUGACACUGCGGCUCAUGUAAGAGGAUUCGGACACCAGGCUUCACCAGGUCCCCACUAUCUAACAUCACCAACCUCCUUUCACCCAGAAUGCAGCUACCUGGCUUUAUUCCAACCUGGGAUUCAGCCACUUGUAUUCACCACCACCCCACCACCUGAGACACAGACACCAGGGCUCACUACCUUCCACGUUGACUGCAGCCACAACGCUUCACCCCCUCAACCUGAGAUUCAGCUACCUGGCUUCACCACCUCCCUUCCUCACCUGGGCCACGAGGCUUCUCAGGUUCCAACCGCUAGGAAUCAUCAAAACACUGGUCGAGUUAUUGAAACACUGGGCGAGCUGGUAAUUCUUGAAAUACUAGUCGAGAAAGGAGCGACUGAAACACUUGUUGAGAUAGAAGCCAAUGAAACACUAGUCGAGAGAGGAGCCCCUGAAACAGUAGUCGAGAAAGGAGCCACUGAAACAUUAGUCGAAAAAGGAGCCACUGAAACACUAGUCGAGAAAGGAGCCCCUGAAACAGUAGUCGAGAUAGGAGCCCCUGAAACAGUAGUCGAGAAAGGAGCCACUGAAACACUAGUCCAGAUAGGAGCCACUGAAACACUAGCUGAGAAAAGAGCCACUGAAACACUAGUCGAGAUAGGAGCCACUGAAACACUAGUCGAGAUAGGAGCCACUGAAACACUAGUCGAGAUAGGAGACACUGAAACACUAGUCGAAAAAAGAGCCAUCGAGAAAGGAGCCACUGAAACACUAGUCGAGAAAGGAGCCACUAAAACACUAGUCGAAAAAGGAGCCAAAGAAACACUAGUCGAGAUAGGAGCCACAGAAACACUAGUCGAGAAAGGAGCCACUGAAACACUAGUCGAGAUAGGAGCCACUGAAACACUAGUAGAGAAAAGAGCCACUGAAACACUAGUCGAGAAAGGAGCCACUGAAACAAUAGUCGAGAAAGGAGACACUGAAACACUAGUCGAGAUAGGAGCCACUGAAUCACUAGUCGAGAUAGGGGCCACUGAAACAUUAGUCGAGAAAGGAGCCCUUGAAACACUAGUCGAGAAAGGAGCCACUGAAACACAGGUCGAGAAAGGAGCCACUGAAACACUAGUCGAAAAAGGAGCCACUGAAACACUAGUCGAGAAAAGAGCCACUGAAACACUAGUCGAGAAAAGAGCCACUGAAACACUAGUCGAGAAAGGAGCCACUGAAACAAUAGUCGAGAAAGGAGACACUGAAACACUAGUCGAGAUAGGAGCCACUGAAUCACUAGUCGAGAUAGGGGCCACUGAAACAUUAGUCGAGAAAGGAGCCCUUGAAACACUAGUCGAGAAAGGAGCCACUGAAACACUGGUCGAGAAAGGAGCCACUGAAACACUAGUCGAAAAAGGAGCCACUGAAACACUAGUCGAGAAAGGAGCCACUGAAACACUAGUCGAGAAAGGAGCCACUGAAACACUAGUCGAGAAAGGAGCCACAGAAACACUAGUUGAGAAAGGAGCCACAGAAACACUAGUCGAAAAAGGAGCCACUGAAACACUAGUCGAGAAAGGAGCCACUGAAACACUAGUCGAGAAAGGAGCCACUGAAACACUAAAAGGAGCCACUGAAACACUAGCCGAGAAAGGAGCCACUGAAACACUAGUCGAGAAAGGAGCCACUGAAACACUAGUCGAGAUAGGAGCCACUGAAACACUAGUCGCAAAAGGAGCCACUGAAACACUAGUCGAGAAAGGAGCCAAUGAGACACUAGUCGAGAUAGGGGCCACUGAAACACUAGUCGAGAAAGGAGCCACUGAAACACUGGUCGAGAAAGGAGCCACUGACACACUGGUCGAGAUAGGAGCCACUGAAACACUGCUCGAGAAAGGAGCCACUGAAACACUGGUCGAAAAAGGAGCCACUGAAACACUAGUCGAGAAAGGAGCCCCUGAAACACUAGUCGAGAAAGGAGCCACUGAAACACUAAAAGGAGCCACUGAAACACUGGUCGAAAAAGGAGCCACUGAAACACUAGUCGAGAAAGGAGCCACUGAAACACUGGUCGAGAAAGGAGCCACUGAAACACUAGUCGAAAAAGGAGCCACUGAAACACUAGUCGAGAAAGGAGGCUCUGAAAAACUAGCCGAGAAAGGAGCCACUGAAACACUAGUCGAGAAAGGAGCCACUGAAAUACUGGUCGAGAAAGGAGCCACUGAAACACUAGUCGAGAAAGGUGCCACUAAAACUCUAGUCGAGAAAGUAGCCACUGAAACACUGGUCGAGAUAGGAGCCACUGAAACACUAGUCGAGAUAGGAGCCACUGAAACACUAGUCGAGAAUGGAGCCCCUGAAACUUUAGUCGAGAAAGAAGCCACUGAAACACUAGUCGAGAAAGGAGCCACUGAAACACUAGUCGAGAAAGGAGCCACUGAAACACUAGUCGAGAUAGGAGCCACUGAAACACAAGUCGAGAUAGGAGCCACUGAAACACUAGUCGAGAUAGGAGCCACUGAAACACUAGUCGAGAAAGGAGCCACUAAAACACUAGUCGAGAAACGAGCCACUGAAACACUGGUCGAGAUAGGAGCCACUGAAACACUAGUUGAGAAAGGAGCCACUGAAACACUAGUCGAGAAAGGAGCCACUGAAACACUAGUCAAGAAAGGAGCCCCUGAAACACUAGUCGAGAAAGGAGCCACUGAAACACUAGUCGAGAAAGGAACCACUGAAACACUAGUCGAGAAAGGAGCCACUGAAACACUAGUCGAGAAAGGAGCCACUGAAACGCUUGUCAAGAUAGGAGCCACUGAAACACUAGUCGAGAAAAGUGCCACUGAAUUACGAGUCGAGAAAGGAGCCACUGAAACACUAGUCGAGAAAGGAGCCACUGAAACACUAGUCGAGAUAGGGCCACUGAAACAUUAG